GGCAACAGGUUGGUUGACAGUGUGACCGUUUGUCAAUUAGUUUGUUUAUGUUUAUGUUCCAUUAGUUAUUGUUUUUUAGUUAUUGGUGCUUUUAUCGCCGGUUUCUGAGGCCAACUUACAUCUGCAAACUUCCGCCCUAAUCUUCGCUGGAAAAGAGCACAAUCACUUGCGCCUGCUUUUGAGGCCUCCAUGGGAUGGACUGAGGGCCCUGUAAUCCAUUUUUGGGCCCCUAAACUCGUUCAUUCAUUAGGCAAAGGCCUGGAUGGAAUCUCUGGAUCUGCAGCCCUUCCUCUAAGGUGACUAAAACACCAUGACCAGGCCGAAAUCAAUCGCCUGGAUCGAUUGCGAUCUACAGCAGCCGCCCAGCCUGGAAGACCUACUAACCGCACGGCCGGCCGGACUGGACGAGUCCGAAACCUGGGCCAUCCUCAGCCAGAGCAUCCAGGCGCUUCAGGAUCUCUUUCUAUCGGACGGCGCAUCGGGCAAGCACUCCAUACCGCUCAUCACCCCAGCGGCGCUCCACUUCACCGCCAGAGGGCGCGUCAAACUCACCCCGAGCUCCACCUCGCUUCCGGCCUGCAAACUGCUCAACCAUCUGGCGCCCGAAUACAAAGCCACCAAAACGUUCAGCGACUGCGAGUAUGAGAAAAUGUGGAUUUUCUCGCUGGGCGCCACAUUGAAACGGGCUGCCGCUGUCGCCCUGGCGACCAGUCCACUUUGGCAGGUACUGUCAAACAUGACCAAUCAGCUGCCGGCGGGCAGGAGCUCGCUGAUGGAUUUGCUGGACUUAAUGGCGGCGCAUUGCCACGAUCGGCCGUUUUCCCAUGUUGUCAUGGAUCUGCAGCAGGAGGCGCUGGCCGCCAUGGAAACCUCGAAUGAGUUGCUGUGGGGACCGCCGGCCAUGCAGCAGGAGCAGAAGGAGCAGCACCUGCCCCGAUGCCAUGCGAAGCGGCGCGGGUUGAAAGUGCGCUGCAACCCGCUGCAGCGGGUCGCGUCGCGACUCUACAGCGUGGAGUCGCGCCCCGUUUGCCUAGAGGGCGCAUGCGUCGGUCCAGAGUUUGUCAUCCGCGCCGCGUUGCCGGCGCGGAAGUUGGUCCUGAGUGCCAGUAAGCACCAGGUGACGGUGGUGCUGCUGGACGGACAGCGCCUGGAGGUGAGCUGCAACCCGGCCAGCACCACGCCGGACCAGCUGCUGCGGCUGGUGUUUGCGCAGGAGCGCAUCGAGGAGAACUUCCUGCUGGGCCUGUCGGCGCUGAUUGCCGGCGAUUUUGUCUUCGUCCCGUCCGACACGCGGCUGGAGAAAGUGCUGGCGCCUGGCGGGUGUUUGUAUGUGCGCGUGCGCUUCUUCCUGCCGUCGCUGCGCGGGCUGCGCAGCCCCCAGACGCGCCACCUGCUCUACCUGCAGCUGCGCCGCUCGCUGCUCGAGCACCAGCUCCCCAGCCCGUUCUCCCAGAUCGUGCGCCUCACGGCGCUGGCGCUGCAGGCGGAGUUCGGCGACUGCGACCCCGCCAGGGGGCGCGACUAUUUCCUGCUCGAGCACUACGUGCCCGAGACCAUGAUCAGUUUGGCGCAGGACGAGCGCCGGCUGAAGCAGGAACUGGCGGGGGCGCAUGCGGCGCACCAGGGCCUGGCCCGCGCCGUUGCCGAGGAUCGAUUCAUCAGCUUGGCGCAGUCGCUGCCGCACUACGGCGGCCACUUCUACAGCGCGGUGUGGGCGCGGCCCGACCGCGCCCGCCUAGAGGCGUGGCUCUACAUAAACGCGCAUGGCAUCUGCCUGUACGAGCGCGGCCGCACCGUCAGCCACUGCGCCCCGCAGCUCUACCAGUCGUUCAAGUGGCGCGACAUUCAGACGCUGUGCUACAGCAAGCACGAGUUCACGGUGGUGCCGCGCAGCGGCCCCCCCUUUAGCCCGAAGUACAAGGUGAAAAUGGCGCAGAAAAAGAGCUACUACGCGUUUCGGCUCGCGUCGCUCCAUCAUCAGUUCUUCCUGGAGUUGCGCAGCCAGUUCAUGUCGCUGCAGGCGCUUGGCCGGCAGUUCGGCGUGCCGCUCAGCGACCCCACCAGGCCCGUCUGUCGCGAGGAGCGCCAGAACAAGGAGAACGAAAAGCCGCAGGAGCCCCGCAGGGGCGUAAAGAUGGGCACCAAGGCAUUCGCGGGGGGACCCCCACGCGCCAAAUCUCUCAGCCUGGAGCGCCUGUCCCUCAGCUCGCUCUCCUUCCACUGCAGCUCCACCUCCCUGUCCAGGGACUCAGAGGGCGACGCCUUCGUGCUCGACUCCACCCUAAGGUCGCAGGCGCAGCUCAACAUCCUGCCGGAUUUCCAGGAGAGCAUCAGCGCCACCUUCCAGGAGCGGCUGGACGCCAUGUCGUUUGCGGAGGAGCGGCUGCUGAGCAGCGUGUGGAUCCAGCGCGACUCAGAAGAGGGGAGCUUGGGGCUGCAGGUGACUGAGGGUUCGGACGGCAACGUUUACAUCCAGGCGGCCAGUCGCACGCAGGCCGUGCGACCGGGCGACCAAGUGGUGGCUGUCAAUGGGCUGUCACUGCUGGGGCGCAAGUACGCAGACUCAUUGGAACUAAUGAAGAACGCCCGGGGACCAGUGGAGUUUGUGCUCAGUAGGGUAGUUUCUGCUCGGAGCCCAGUAGUGGGGGGCGGGGCGCCGGUGGCGCCAUCUCGCGACCACGACAAGGCGGUGAUAGUGGAAAUGAUCCCGAAAAAGAACCUGAUUUCUGUGGGGAAUGGUUACGUGAAAAAGGCGCAGCCGCUGGCGGUGCCCCGGAGUUUGGGGUUGGGGCGCCGAUGGAACGGCCCGGUCCGUUACCCCGUCACACCCGUUAAAAAUCCUGGGGAGGGAGCCGACGCCGAAACGUCUGAGGAUGAGCAGGUUUUUAUCUAGAGCGAUUUUCCCAAGUGUGCAGGACAAGGACAGCGACACUCGCAGCAGCAACGUGCUUUGUCUGACUUAGGUAGUCAUGCUCUUAGCCGAAGGCAAACAUCCGAAAAAUGUGGGUACGUUCUCAGACAAAAACUUUUUGCAAACGCGGUUUAUUCGCUUCUGGGACAUCUGCCUUAAAUCGCAAAUUUUAUGUGUUUGUCAUGCUCUUAGUGAGUCGGAGUUUCAAAUGAACUGAAAUGAUAAAAAAUUGUAAUUUAAUUUUAAAAAAAAUUUGUAAAUAUUA